AUGUCUUUGAAAAAUGAAGAACAAAAUGACCUUUCACCCAAGGACUCAGUUAAAGGAAAUGACCAGUACAGAGCUCCAUCUGGGAUCCAUGUGGAGCAUGAAGAGGAAUCACAUAAUGACUUCUGGCAGUUUGAGUCCAGUAAUCUUUUUAGACACCCUAGGAUCCAUUUGGAGCCUCAAGAGAAAUCAGAUAAUAACUUCAAGAAGUUUGUUAUCAAAAAACUAGAGAAGAGUUGCCAGUGUAGUUCAACCAAAGCCAAAAAUACCAUUUUUGGUUUCCUUCCUGUUUUGCAGUGGCUCCCAAAAUAUGAUCUGAAGAAAAACAUUUUAGGAGAUAUGAUGUCUGGCUUGAUUGUGGGCAUCUUAUUGGUGCCCCAAUCCAUUGCUUAUUCUCUCUUGGCUGGCCAAGAACCUAUCUAUGGUCUGUACACAUCUUUUUUUGCCAGCCUCAUUUAUUUCAUUUUGGGUACCUCCCGUCACAUCUCUGUGGGCAUUUUUGGAAUACUGUGCCUUAUGAUUGGUGAAGUAGUUGACCGAGAACUAUACAUAGCUGGCUAUGACACUGUCCAUGCCGCUUCAAAUGAGAGCUCAUUAGUAAACCAGAUGUCAAACAAGACAUGUGACAGAAGUUGCUAUGCAAUUACAGUUGGCAGCACUGUAACCUUUGUGGCUGGAGUUUAUCAGGUAGCGAUGGGCUUCUUUCAAGUGGGCUUUGUCUCAGUCUACCUCUCCGAUGCCUUGCUGGGUGGGUUUGUCACUGGUGCCUCCUUCACUAUUCUUACAUCUCAAGUCAAGUACCUCCUUGGACUCAGCCUUCCUCGGAGUGGUGGAGUGGGAUCACUCAUCACUACUUGGAUACAUAUCUUCAGAAACAUCCAUAAGACCAAUAUCUGUGAUCUCAUCACCAGCCUUUUGUGCCUUUUGGUUCUUUUGCCAACCAAAGAACUCAAUGAGCGCUUCAAGUCCAAGCUUAAGGCACCGAUUCCUGUUGAACUCUUUGUUGUUGUGGCAGCCACAUUGGCCUCUCAUUUUGGAAAACUCUCUGAGAAAUAUGGCACCAGUAUUGCUGGGCAUAUUCCCACUGGGUUUAUGCCACCCAAAGCACCUGACUGGAACUUAAUUCCUAGAGUGGCUGUAGAUGCAAUAGCUAUUGCUAUCAUUGGGUUUGCUAUCACUGUAUCACUUUCUGAGAUGUUUGCCAAGAAACAUGGCUACACAGUCAAAGCUAAUCAGGAAAUGUACGCUAUCGGCUUUUGCAAUAUCAUCCCUUCCUUCUUCCACAGCUUCACUACUAGCGCAGCUCUUGCAAAGACACUGGUGAAAGAAUCCACAGGCUGUCAAACUCAGGUUUCUGGUGUGAUGACAGCUCUGGUUCUUUUGUUGGUCCUCUUGGUCAUAGCUCCUUUGUUCUUCUCCCUGCAGAAAAGUGUCCUUGGUGUGAUCACUAUUGUAAAUCUCCGGGGAGCCCUAUGUAAAUUUAAGGAUCUGCCCCAGAUGUGGAGGAUUAGCAGAAUGGACACAGUUAUCUGGUUUGUUACUAUGCUGUCCUCUGCACUGAUCAGUACUGAAAUAGGCCUGCUUACUGGGGUUUGUUUUUCUAUGUUUUGUGUUAUCCUCCGCACUCAGAAGCCAAAGUCUUCAUUGCUUGGCUUGGUGGAAGAUUCUGAAGUCUUUGAGUCCAUGUCUGCCUACAAGAACCUUCAGGCCAAGUCAGGCAUCAAGAUUUUCCGCUUUGUGGCCCCUCUCUACUACGUAAACAAAGAAUAUUUUAAAUCUGUCUUAUACAAAAAAACUCUCAACCCAGUCUUAGUAAAAGCAGCUCAGAGGAAGGCAGCAAAGAAAAAGAUCAAAAGGGAAACAGUAACACUCAGUGGAAUCCAGGACGAAGUUUCAGUGCAACUUUCCCAUGAUCCCUUAGAGUUUCAUACAAUAGUGAUUGACUGUAGUGCAAUACAGUUUUUAGAUACAGCAGGGAUCCAUACACUGAAAGAAGUUCGCAGAGAUUAUGAAGCUAUUGGCAUCCAGGUUCUGCUGGCUCAAUGCAAUCCCUCUGUGAGGGACUCUCUGGCCAGGGGAGAGUACUGCAAAAAGGAUGAAGAAAACCUUCUCUUUUAUAGUGUAUAUGAAGCCAUGACUUUUGCAGAAGACUCUCAGAAUCAAAAAGAGAGAUAUGUUCCCAAUGGUCCAAGUUUUUCCAGUGAUUGA